UAGAUGCACUAUUGUAAAGUGGCUGUUCCACUGGAUGUCAUAAGGUGAAAGCACCAAUUUGUAAGUCGCUCUGGAUAAGAGCGUCUGCUAAAUGACUUAAAUGUAAAUGUAGUUGCCAGUCUUCUUGAAAGCACCACAAGAGACGUCCACGUUGACUACGCUUAUGACGUGUCUCCUCUCUAAUGCCCAGGAAGCUGAGAUUCAAACUCCCAUUAGGGAACUUAAUCUAUUCAACCAAAAUGUGUCAUCCGCAUUUAACCCAACCCCUCUGAAUCAGAGCGGUGUGAGGGGCUGCCUUAAUCCAGAGCUUCCCAAACUGUUUCACUCAGGCUCUUGUUCCAACAUUGGGGAACGUUAAGAAAUCGUAAAACCCUGAUUGCAAGCUUUUAAAUGAUAUUAAACUCAACCAUUAUUAUUUUCCAGUGAUAAAGACAAAGGAUGUGUAAUGGUAUGGUGGAGUAUGCAAAAUGGGUCAACUUUGAGCACCACUAUCUCCUGAAUGUUGUGUCAUUCAGGUCCAGUAAGUCACUUUCUGACCACUUCUAUCAUGGGCAAACAUGUAUGGAAAGUUAAAUAAAAAGGGGUGCGACCAAAAGUUGCUUGAAAUCAAUUGGAACGAUCCUAUAGCUAGUCAUGUCUGUAUACUCACUGCAUUGUUAUUGUAUCACUACACGUAACACUCCCUCACAGGUAAGCUGGCUGGCUAUAGACAAAAACAGAUGUUACAGGAUUGAAGCACCUGGGUUGUUGUUAUGGAUAGAAACUAUCCAGCACAAGCAAGCCUGUUCUCUAUUAAUGGGCCUCAAUCAGCCUGUCCUAUGAUAUUGGAGAAAUUAACCACCACCAGGCUUGUUUACUGCUGUUGUGUUCCUGCUAAUGUUCAAAUGGGCCCACUGCCUAGUUCCUAAACAUUCAGCAACCACUGGGAUGAAUAUCAAUUGUAUAUCCAUGAUUUCCCGUAUCCUCUCUUCUCAUCUCCUUUUCAAAUCACAUUGAAGCAGAAGAGCUGAGGUUCCUCCCCUCUGCUAAAAUGUGUUUUGAGAAGGCGGCAAGGAGAGAGGAUGCGAGGAAUCAAAACAAAGGCUCUCUCCAGUUCGAGGACAAGUGGGACUUGAUGCGUCCCAUCGUCCUCAAGCUGCUCCGCCAAGAGUCAGUCACCAAACAGCAGUGGUUCGACCUCUUCUCAGAUGUCCAUGCAGUAUGCCUAUGGGAUGACAAGGGGCCGGCCAAGAUUCACCAGGCACUGAAAGAGGACAUCCUAGACUUCAUCAAGCAAGCACAAGCACGGGUGUUGAGCCACCAGGAUGACACAGCGCUGCUGAAUGCCUACAUCGUUGAGUGGAGGAAGUUCUUCACUCAGUGUGACAUCCUGCCCAAACCUUUCUGCCAGCUGGAGAUUACGCUCAUGGGCAAACAGGGCUGCAACAAGAAGUCUAACGUAGAGGACAGCAUCGUACGGAAGCUCAUGCUGGACACGUGGAACGAGUCCAUCUUCUCCAACAUCAAGAAUAGGCUCCAGGACAGCGCCAUGAAGCUGGUGCAUGCCGAGCGCCUGGGGGAGGCCUUCGACUCUCAGCUGGUCAUUGGUGUCAGGGAGUCUUAUGUGAACCUGUGCUCAAACACGGAUGACAAGUUGCAGAUUUACAGAGAGAACUUUGAGAAGGCCUACAUGGACUCCACCGAGAGGUUCUACAGAACACAGGCCCCCUCCUACCUGCAGCAGAACGGAGUUCAGAACUACAUGAAAUAUGCAGACGCCAAGUUGAGAGAGGAGGAGAAACGGGCGCUGCGCUACUUGGAGACGAGACGGGAAUGUAACUCUGUACAAGCACUGAUGGAGUGUUGCGUGAACGCCCUGGUGACAUCCUUUAAGGAGACCAUCUUGGCCGAGUGUCCAGGCAUGAUCAAGCAAAAUGAGACAGAGAGUGAGUACGGCUGGAGUGCUCCUGGCACCAAAGGCUCGGCCAGCACAGAGCUCCACCUCAUGUUCUCUUUGAUGGACAAGGUGCCUAGUGGCAUUGAACCCAUGCUGAAUGACCUAGAGGACCACAUCAUGUCUGCUGGGCUGGCCGACAUGAUGGCCUCCGCCGAGACCAUCACCUCGGACUCUGAGAAGUACGUGGAACAGCUCCUCACCCUGUUCAACAGCUUCAGUAAACUGGUGAAGGAUGCCUUUCAGGAUGACCCUCGCUUCCUCACAGCCAGGGACAAGGCUUACAAAGCAGUUGUGAACGACGCUACCAUUUUUAAAUUAGAACUACCGCUGAAGCAGAAAGGGGUGGGUCUGAAGACCCAGCCGGAAUCAAAGUGUCCAGAACUGCUGGCCAACUACUGUGACAUGCUGCUGAGGAAAACCCCGCUCAGCAAGAAACUCACCUCCGAGGAGAUCGAGGCCAAGCUCAAGGAAGUGUUGCUGGUGUUGAAGUACGUGCAGAACAAAGACGUGUUCAUGCGCUACCACAAAGCCCAUCUGACGCGACGCCUCAUCCUGGACAUCUCCGCCGACAGCGAAAUCGAGGAGAACAUGGUGGAGUGGCUCAGGGAGGUGGGCAUGCCCGCGGACUACGUGAAUAAGCUGGCCCGGAUGUUCCAGGACAUCAAGGUGUCCGAUGAUCUCAACCAAAACUUCAAAGAGUGUCACAAACACAACAAGCUGGCCCUAUCAGGUAAACCAGCGGACUCUGUCAACAUCAAGAUCCUGAAUGCCGGGGCGUGGUCUCGAAGCUCAGAGAAGGUGUUUGUGUCACUGCCCACUGAGCUGGAGGAUCUCAUCCCCGAGGUGGAGGACUUCUACAAGAAGAACCACAGUGGCAGGAAACUGCACUGGCACCACCUCAUGUCCAAUGGCAUUAUCACCUUUAAGAACGAGGUGGGACAGUACGACCUGGAGGUGACCACCUUCCAGCUGGCAGUGCUUUUUGCCUGGAACCAGAGGCCCCGGGAGAGGAUCAGCUUUGAGAACCUCAAGCUGGCCACGGAGCUGCCUGACGCUGAGCUCCGACGCACCCUAUGGUCCCUGGUAGCGUUCCCCAAGCUAAAGCGGCAGGUGUUGUUCUACGACCCCGUGGUGGGCUCGCCCAAAGACUUUGCCGAGGGCACACUCUUCUACGUCAACCAGGAGUUCUCACUAAUAAAAAACUCCAAGGUCCAAAAGAGGGGGAAGAUCAACCUGAUUGGCCGGCUUCAGCUCACCACGGAGCGAAUGAGGGAGGAGGAGAAUGAAGGAAUUGUCCAGCUCAGGAUAUUGAGAACACAGGAGGCCAUCAUCCAGAUCAUGAAGAUGAGGAAGAGGAUCACCAAUGCCCAGCUGCAGACGGAGCUGGUGGAGAUCCUCAAAAACAUGUUCCUACCCCAGAAGAAGAUGAUCAAGGAGCAGAUGGAGUGGCUCAUCGAGCACAAGUACAUCAAGCGCGACGAGACUGAUCUCAACACCUUCCUCUACAUGGCGUAGCGGCGUUGACAACGUUUAAUUGUGGUGACAACGUGUGACUUUGGGGGUUCUUCAUCAGGCCUGAUGGACAAUAGAAUAUUUCCAGGCUGACCUCCCUUUAAUAAACAGAUGAUCUGUUGCAUGGGGAAAUGCAGACUUGAUUUAUGACAGCGUUACGGAAAUGUUUAAAAGGAGGAGUUUGUGUGGGGAAAUUAAAGGGUAAGAAAGAAAAUGAGUUUGAGCUUCUCAGCGGGAGUCGACACCCACUGAGUUUUCAGUUGUCGUUUUUGGCUAGAAGGCGUUUCCUAGUCUGUAGACGGGACAUGGUUGGUGGUUGUGAAAGGUCUGUUGCAAUGCGUCGUCCUCCCUGUCAAACUACCCCGCAGACCACGCCCCCUCUCCCACCCCAUCCAUGAACACCCCACCACAAUUGGAGUAACAUUGGUUGGUGUUGGGUAUCUCUAACGACAUGGCAAGAAAUAGGAAAAGCGUUAGAAGAAGCUCCGUUUCCCUCCAUAUCUAAAGUCCUAGUUUUGAGCCAGGCCAACACUAUUCACCGGACCUCUUCAACAGAACGAGUUGUGUCCCCUGGCAGCUGUCUGAGCCAAGCUGUCGGCCAUGUUUUUUGUGGCCACUGGUGGUGACAAACAAAGCACUAAAGACAAUUACUCUCUGCUGUCACAUAUGUGACGCUGUUCUUGGACAUUCAGGGUUGGUUUCCCGGGCCCAGACUAAGACUAGUCCUGGGUCUAAAAAUAUUUCUCAAUAGAUUAUCUCCAUUGAAAGUGCACUUUAGUCCAGAACGAGGCUUAUCCUGUGUCGGGGAAAUCUUCUCAACAGUAUGUUAUAUUUCAGAAACUGUUUUCCCAAACGAGACGGACUGUGGGCUGUUAGUUCCCAGUUCCAAAUCGACCUCAAGCAUUCUACCCAUGGGAACUUGUCUUUCAAAUUCUGACAACAUCUGAUAAGUGCACACGAUAGACUUGAUGGAGCUCUAUCAGAAAGCAAGGUGGAGUAAUCACCAUAUUGGUGGUCGCUCAUAUUCAAUCUCUUCAGAUCUACAGGAAGAGUUUAAGCAUAGCUGUUAACGGUCGGUUUAGAAGAGGGGUCGUGUGUAUUAUAUGGUAAUAACUAGCUCUGGUCCAGAGCGUUUAAGUACGGCUCACUGACGCUGAACUUGCACGCCAUUAGCAAGUCGCACGUAAACACCCUGGACCAGAGCCAGGUAAUAGCCAGAACUAUAUAUAAAGAUCUGUUUAUAUAUAACCGUAUCUUUAUACAUGGCUCUGAUGGUAACUACUACAAUACAGAGCUAAAGGAGUGUACAUAAAGAUGUUGAUGAUUAAAUAAACAGCACCUUAUUAUAAAA